ACCCGUAAACAGAGGGACGAGAAUCGCAGUUCAAGAAAUUAUCAACAGAUCGAACUGCAACAACAAAUUGAUGUCGAACAAGACACUCCUCAGCCCGGAUAUUUGAAGGGCCUUGAUGAUGAUGGACGCCCCAAAAGAACAGGGAAUGUUUGGACGAGUAGCUCGCACAUUAUAACAGCGGUGAUAGGGUCGGGAGUUCUAUCUCUUGCAUGGGCAAUUGCUCAGCUUGGAUGGAUUGCCGGGCCGGCAGUAAUGGUGCUUUUUGCAUUGGUGAACUUCUACACUUCCAACCUCCUCGCUGGUUGUUACAGGUCUGGUGACCCAAUCUCUGGCAAAAGAAACUACACCUAUAUGGAUGCUGUCAGAGCCAACUUAGGUGGAUCGAAAGUGAAGCUUUGUGGUGCGAUUCAGUAUAUCAAUCUCCUUGGGGUUGCUAUUGGCUACACGAUCGCAGCUUCCAUUAGUAUGAUGGCAAUAAAAAGAUCAAACUGCUUUCAUCGGAGUAAAGGGAAGGAUCCAUGUCACAUGUCGAGCAAUGGGUAUAUGAUAAUGUUUGGAGUUACAGAGAUAUUCUUCUCUCAGAUACCAGACUUCAAUGAGGUGUGGUGGCUGUCUAUAGUUGCAGCAGUCAUGUCCUUCACCUAUUCUACCGUUGGGCUUGGACUGGGGAUCGCCAAAGUUUCAGAAACAAGGAAAUUCAAGGGAAGCCUUAUGGGUAUCAGCAUUGGUAAAGCGACCCCAACUCAAAAGAUCUGGAGGAGUAUGCAAGCUUUGGGAGAUAUUGCUUUCGCUUACUCUUUUUCAAUCAUUCUCAUUGAGAUCCAGGACACCAUAAAGUCGCCCCCUGCCGAGCACAAAACUAUGAGGAAGGCUACCUUACUGAGCAUUGUGGUCACUACUGUCUUUUACUUACUAUGAGGAUGCAUGGGCUAUGCUGCAUUUGGAGAUGAUUCUCCAGGGAACCUCCUUACAGGUUUCGGCUUCUUCAAUCCUUAUUGGUUGCUUGACAUAGCGAAUAUGGCCAUUGUCAUUCAUUUGGUUGGAGCUUACCAGGUCUACUGUCAGCCUCUAUUCGCCUUCAUAGAGAAAUGUUGCACAGAGAGAUGGCCAAAUAAUGCACUGAUAACCAAGGAAUACAAAAUUCAUGUCCCCUGCUGUGGAUCUGACUCCCUCAACCUCUUUCGCCUAGUCUGGAGGAUCGUCUUUGUUUGCUUCACGACUGUCACAGCAAUGCUCAUGCCCUUCUUCAAUGACGUGGUGGGAAUCCUCGGUGCCUUUGGCUUUUGGCCACUCACAGUGUACUUUCCUGUAGAGAUGUACAUUUCACAUAGGAAGAUAGCAAAGUGGAGCAGUUGAUGGUUGGGCCUAAAAAUCCUGAGCCUAACAUGCCUCCUUAUCUCCCUUGCUGCUGCAUGUGGCUCGGUGGCUGGAGUUGUGGUUGAUCUGAAACACUACAAGCCCUUCCAAACAACUUACUAAUGCCAUCAUUAUCAUUGCCAGUUAAAUGUUUUGUUUGAGAUCUAGACUGGAUUAGAUAGGGGAAAGUUGAUUUUGAAAGACGUUAAGAUUUUAUAGAUUGUCAUCAAUAUCAAAUGUAGCAAAAUAAAGUGCAGCUUGAUUAGUUAUAGGCCAUGUUUUUGGCCCUUGGAACAUUCGGUUUCUUGUAAUAUUUCAUAGCUGAUCAUCCAAUACAA